GUUGAUUGGUCUACAGGGUGUCGGAGGGUUCAUUCCGGAAGUGGGCGCUUCCUGGGCGGAAAUGUGUCACAAGCUGGUGGCGGACCCCCGGAGGAAGUUCGUCACGUCGCAGUCGUCUCGGCCCGGCGGAUGUGUGUCGCCGCUUAGGUGACGCUGGGAAGUGCUCGCAGCCCCCGCCGCUGCCUCUCGGUUGAAGCACUAUGGAGGGAGAGAGGAAGAACAACAACAAACGGUGGUAUUUCACUCGGGAACAGCUGGAGAACAGCCCAUCGCGCCGUUUCGGCGUGGACUCAGAUAAAGAACUAUCGUAUCGCCAGCAGGCGGCCAAUCUGCUCCAGGACAUGGGACAACGUCUUAAUGUCUCACAACUGACGAUCAAUACUGCUAUAGUAUACAUGCACCGAUUCUACAUGAUUCAGUCCUUUACACAAUUUCAUCGAUAUUCUAUGGCUCCAGCGGCCUUGUUUCUAGCAGCAAAAGUAGAAGAACAACCAAAAAAAUUGGAACAUGUCAUCAAAGUAGCACACACUUGCCUCCAUCCACAGGAGUCACUUCCUGACACAAGGAGUGAGGCUUACCUACAACAAGUUCAAGAUCUCGUGAUUUUAGAGAGCAUAAUUUUGCAGACCUUAGGGUUUGAACUAACGAUUGAUCACCCCCACACACAUGUGGUAAAGUGCACGCAGCUCGUUCGAGCAAGCAAGGACUUAGCACAGACAUCUUACUUCAUGGCAACCAACAGCCUGCAUUUGACCACAUUUAGCCUGCAGUACACACCUCCUGUGGUGGCCUGUGUCUGCAUCCAUCUGGCUUGCAAGUGGUCCAACUGGGAGAUCCCAGUCUCAACUGACGGGAAGCACUGGUGGGAGUAUGUUGACGCCACUGUGACCUUGGAACUUUUAGAUGAAUUGACACAUGAAUUUCUACAGAUUCUAGAGAAAACUCCAAGCAGGCUGAAACGUAUUCGGAAUUGGAGGGCAUACCAGGCUGCCAUGAAAACCAAACCAGAAGACCGAGGAACAGAUGAAAACACAUCGGAGCAGACAAUCCUCAAUAUGAUUUCUCAGACCUCUUCAGACACAACUAUUGCAGGAUUGAUGAGCAUGUCAACUACGGCUACAAGUGCAGUGCCUUCCCUGCCUGCCUCUGAGGAGUCUUCAAGCAGUCUGACUAGUGUGGAUAUGUUGCAAGGCGAGCGAUGGCUGUCUUCCCAACCUCCUUUUAAACUAGAAGCUUCCCAGGGUCAUCGGACUAGUGAGAAUUUAGCACUUAUUGGAGUUGAUCAUUCCUUGCAACAUGAUGGUUCGAGUGCAUUUGUUUCCCAGAAGCAGACUAGCAAGAGCGUGCCAUCUGCUAAAGUUUCACUUAAAGAAUACCGUGCAAAGCACGCUGAAGAGCUGGCUGCUCAGAAGAGGCAGCUGGAGAACAUGGAGGCCAAUGUGAAGUCACAGUAUGCCUAUGCUGCCCAGAAUCUCUUGUCUCACGACAGCCAUUCUUCAGUUAUUCUGAAAAUGCCCAUUGAGGGCUCAGAAAAUCCUGACCGUCCUUUUCUGGAUAAGGCUGACAAAUCAGCUCUGAAAAUGAGACUCCCAGUGGCUAGUGGAGAUAAAGCCGGUUCUUCAAAACCAGAGGAGAUAAAAAUGUGCAUUAAAGUUCACUCUGCAGGUGAUAAGCACAAUUCUGUAGAAGACAGUGUCGCCAAGAGCCGCGAGCACAAGGAGAAGCCGAGGACUCACCCGUCUAACCACCACCACCAUCACAACCACCACUCACACAGGCACUCUCACUUACAGCUGCCAGUCGGCCCCGUGAGCAAGCGCCCCAGUGAUCCAAAACACAGCAGCCAGACAAGCACCUUAGCACACAAAACCUACAGCUUGGCUAGUACUUUGUCUUCUUCGAGCUCUACUCGUAAAAGGGGUCCCCCGGAAGAGACUGGGGCAGCAGUGUUUGAUCAUCCAGCUAAGAUUGCCAAGAGUACUAAAACUUCUUCCUUGAACUUCCCCUUCCCCCCCCUCUCUACAAUGACCCAGUUGCCUGGGCAUAGCUCAGACACAAGUGGCCUGCCCUUUUCACAGCCUAGCUGUAAAACUCGAGUUCCUCAUAUGAAACUGGAGAAAGGUCCUCCUGGAGCUAAUGGUCACAGCGCAGCUCAGUCGAUAGAUUAUCAAGAUACUGUGAACAUGCUCCACUCCCUGCUUAGUGCCCAGGGUGUUCAGCCCACUCAGCCCCCUCCGUUUGAAUUUGUCCAUUCUUACGGGGAGUAUAUGAAUCCAAGAGCUGGUGGCAUCCCCUCCAGAUCUGGCAAUACAGACAAACCUCGGCCACCACCCCUCCCAUCAGAACCCCCUCCACCACUUCCACCUCUUCCUAAGUGAAAAAAGAAAAAAGAGGCAAAAACUUCAAAAACAAAAAACACCUUUUUGUUUUUUUUUGUUUUUUUUUGUUUUUGUUUUGACUACUGAUACUAGACUACGAAAAUUACAUCCCUUAUGAAAUAUGUCACCUAAGGAAUAAAUCGCUAUUGAGACAGGUGGGAGGGUGGUGGAGGGCCUCAGUUAUUAGAUCUGCUGCCUCAUACAUCUGUAGUUCGUCCCGGCAUUAGAGAGGUAGGAGGAUUAUGUUGAAGCUGUGAAGGAUGAAGAACACACUCCUCUUGGCCUCUCCCCAUCCUAACUAGGUUGAUUGGAGCAGUUCCCUUCCCUCUUCUCACCAGAAAAACAUGGAGGGCAUAUCAAACAGUUGUGCAUUCUUUUGGUGUUUAACAUAUCAGAAGAGAGGAAGUAUUUAAACGUCAAAUCUUUAAGAGACUUUUAAAAAAUAAUUUAAAGAAAGUAAGUUAUGUUUAGUUUUUUUAUAUAAUCGGGAAGGGGAAAGGGAUUUUGCUGUGUGUAUGAGGAACAUAGCAAUGACUGGUGGGGGGAGGGGGUAAGAGGGUGGGAAUAUGUGCAGGGUGGGGGGGAGGGUAGGCUCUUGGCCAAGAGUGAAAUAGACUCAGGCCACUUGAAGUAUUGAGAUCUUUAAAGUGUGUGUGUGUGUGUGUGUGUGUGUGUGUGUGUGUGUGUGUGUCCGCGAGUGCAAGUGUUUAAAAUCAUGUUACCUUUUUCCUCCACUCUUUUAACCAUUUUCACAUCUCAGCAUUCUACUAGAGAGAGUAGUUGGCUUUGAAAAUAGGAGACGUGUUGACAGUGUGAGUCCUCUCCUCCCUUCACCACAGGCUUAUGCUGUGAUGAGUAGCAGCCCUCUAGCUUCUAGUUUUGGCAGGUGUAGCCAAUGACCUGACUCCGUAGCAGCACUAUGGAAACUUCCCUGUUACUCCUUUCUGUGUUUUCAAUGCAGAAUGGAGAUGGGCUUCAGGAAGAAGCUAUGAACUAAGGCGGCCUCUCCUCUACAGAGAGGCUUGCUUUUCAUGUUGGGUUUGCGUGUCUGGUGUGUGAUAAUAGGAUUGGGAGAAGCCAGGGAGUUGAUGAUACUAAAGACAAUGAAAUUGAUUUGGGAUUCUGAAGACUUUGUGUUUAAGUUACAUUAUGAAUGUAAGAUUCACUUUUUAUCUGUUUAUCUAAUGGGAAACAACUGCAUACUUGCAGUUAGCAGGCUAUUGGACUUCAGAGUUUUAAUUGAACCGCGUUGGUAUAAUGAAUGAGCAAGCCUAGCCAACAGACACUGUUCUGUUCAGAUUAUUUUAUAGUGGGUGGCUUUUGAUUGUUAAAAGUCCUUUAAAAAAGUGGAUCAGGAGUCCUGCUAUGGGUCUUGAUUGUUCCAGACAUUAGAAGGAAACACUUUUGAUGAAGGAAAUCUUGAAAAAAAUACUGACUAGAUAAAAAUUGUAAGCCAGGCUGUCUAACUGAAAAAUGCUACCUAGCCACAGAUCAUUGCUGUUAUUUGGUUCAUUGGAUGAGCGUGUGUGUGUGUGUGUGUGUGUGUGUGUGUGUGUGUGUGUACACAACACGUGUAUGUGGGUUUUGGGGGGCUAUGGAUAAGAUGGUGCUAUGAAAAUAAUUCGUCUCUUGUUUUAAUUAAUUGAAAUUAAUUGAAGCUUCUGUCGUGCCAAGUAGUCUAGGGAGCAGCUGGCUCUCUUCAUUGAAAGUCACAGGGAAACAGGAGUCGUAAGGGGCUGCUUGUCAAGACAGACUAGGAAAACACUGAGGCGGUUACUGUUGUUGAUGGACUGGCCCAGGAGAGGAAAGAAUGGAUAGGAACAACGAACAGAGCUUACGGUCACUUUGUGGUUCUUAACCUGCAUGUUUGAAUUGUCUGGAGUGCCUGCCAUUGCUGUGUAAAACAAGGAGCUCCUUGCUGAUAAACCAGUGAUAUUUCUUGGUGUGUAACUUUUAAAGUAACAAUUUCUUUCUCAGUAUUUCCUGUGUUGUGCAAGAUAGAUGUGUUAUCAUGAUUACUAAAUUUAGGCUUGGUAUUUGUUUAGAUUUUGUUUCCCAUCCUGACCUUCCCAAAGGGAAACGGACCCUUUAGUUUGCAACUUUGUCUGGAAUUGAUGAUUUGAUUUGGGAACAUGGCUGUUUUUUUUAAUGUCAAGUGUUUUCAUUAAUGUCAAGUGUUUUCUAAUCACAUGCAGUCCCUUAGCCCAAAGGCUGUCAUAUUUGCUGUCAUAACGUUUCUUCGCAGUAAUUCUGUAAUUAAGUUUCUUAGAACUCUGUCUGUGGUGGACUAGAAAUAACUGCUUACUAGAAUCUAAAGAGCUACUUCAUUCUGUAGGCUGGUCUCUUACUGUAGCUCAACACUGAGUUUGGUUAAUUUAGAGACAUUACUAUAUUAGUUCCUCCUGGUACUGUCUAUACCUAUAUGCAGUGUCUACUUCUAAGUCUGUGCAUAGGUCCUGAACCUCUCUCGUGGGCUCUGCAUGAACUGUUGCAUUGCAUUAUUUUGGGGUAGCAGAUACACCUGUCAGCUAGCAUGCAUAUUGUCCAGUUUCUGUAUAAAUAAGGCUUCUAAGCCAUAUGUCUCCUACCUUCAUACCUUCAAAGGGUGAGAAGUAGUAUUUGUAUAUCUAAAGUCAGCCAUGCAAACAUGGCUCUUUGUUUUUUCUUUUAAUCUAACAACUGUCAAGAAGAAAUGAGAGUGAUAAGCAGGCUUGGAGCCUCAACUUUUGUAAAUUUCAUUCCUAACAGUUUGCCUGACUUUUAUGUUGGUAGAGAUAAAUACCUGUGGCUUGUCUUUAGGGCUUUUAGUCACAUACCUGUGUUAUUGGCUAAACUCUGCUGAAUCAUUAACCUAACCCAAUGUGGUCUUCUGAAGUAUCCAGGUAUGCCUUUUGAGUUUAGGAAAUACCUAAAUAUUAGUCUAGUUUUCUCAUUCAUGAAUCACUGUGGUUUUAUAUCUGAUACUCAACAUCUUUUCCUUCUUGUAAAUGGUUUUAGUGUUUUGAUUUAGUGUAUCCUACAUAUUUCUAUAUUAUUAGGUUCACCAGUGGCGAUAGAAAAAUUGAGUAUCUCCAAUUGCAAACAGCAGUAGAUUGAGUAUUGAAACAAAAUCAUGGUAACAUCACUGCUGGGGUUCCUGAAGCCUUUGCAACGUAAUUCACCUCUUACACCUUGCUUCUAGACAAAGGCAAUUGGAGGGGUCCUAUCUAUCCUAGUAUGGUUGGAAUCUAAAUAUAUGCGUUUCCAUUAUUUUGGGAACUAAUUAUUUUUUAAAGAUUUUUUUCUUUUGUUGAUGAGUUAUUUUGAUACUCAUGCUAGGAAAAAGGAGAAACAAAACCAUCUUGAGAUUGGAAUGCCUAUUUUAUUCUCCUAAGAUUGGGAGAACUUAAGCAGUCUAUGCAACCCAUCAGAUAGUGAGAAAUAGCUUUCUACCAUUCCUCUGAGCUUUCAGUGACUCUCAUACGUCCUCAGAUGUCUUGGCAUUGAUUGAGGCUUGGUUCUUGAUUUCUAGGAAGCAUUCUCGCUGCACCACACUGUCAUUUCUCUCUUAACCCCUCAGGGGAUGGAAGCUUGGAAGAAGAAUGGUACUGAUGGUAGCUGAUGGAGUGGUCCAAAUUCAGUUGUUUCCUAAGUGGGUGAGCUCUCUGUGUUAGCAUUCUAAAGUUGUUAAGAUGAACUUGGCAAUGGAAAGGGGAAGGAGAAGAAUGUUUAAUAAAAAUCAGUGUCUACUCUUUCCCUUUAUGAGUGCGUCUUCCUGGUUGGAUGAAGAGAAACUCCUGGGUUUUGUGUUGCCGUGUGAAUGUGGAGAGGGAUACUUGACAGCAUGUUGAUUGAAGCCAGAGCAAGUCUGUCUGCCGGCAGGUAAUCUGGAGAGCCAGUGUCCGCCGAGGGAGUGCUUAGCUGAUGGCCAGGGUGAGAUCACUUACAGAGCAGAAGGGCUGUCUGGCCGAAGAACCCAAAGAAAACGGGGCAGCAGCCUCAUGUAGGUGUGAUUUAGGUUCUGAACUGGAAACCGAUCUGUAUUACCUGACUUUCCACACGUAAAACUGUCCAUUUUCUUAUCAGACCAAAGAACAAAAAUAAAAAAAUGAAAAAGCAAAGUAACACACUUUUACCGGUUUACGUCACUCAGGUACAAUUUUGUGGUGAGGUUUUGCUUUUUGUUUUUGUUUUUUUGUCUGAUUUUUGUACUGCUCAGCACAUUAUUCUGCUGUUGCCUCUGUCCUCUGUGGGCACCUCAGCUUUGGGUGCUACUCCUGGGAUCUCGACUGCUGUGAGGUGAGCGACGAUAGGAUGGAAGUGACCAUUACCAUAAGGGCUCUUUGUAAAAAACUUGAAAAACUCAAAAAAAAUUUAAAGAAGGAUAUUGUAUACAUUUUAUAGUCUGGCUAUCAGUUUGAUAUCUUGCUGUCAAGUAUGUUUCUCAAUCUGUAUUUAUCCAUCCCAUCAAUAAACGUUAAUGAUAAAAUA